AUGGCGUCGCAACUCCUCCCUCUCGAACUCAUCGACAAGUGCGUCGGCUCGCGGAUAUGGGUCGUUAUGAAGGGCGAGCGCGAAUUCAGCGGCACGCUUGUCGGUUUCGACGACUACGUCAACAUGGUCCUCGAGGACGUAACAGAAUUUGACUACUCGGGCGAGCAGACGAAGCUGGCCAAGAUCCUGCUAAACGGCAACAAUAUAUGCAUGCUGGUUCCCGGUGGCGAGGGCCCGGUAUAA